ACCUAUCUUGGCAGUAGACUAGAAGGCAGAGGCAGAGGGCAUGGUGGACGCCGGGGUGACGGGCGUGCUGUCGAAGCUGGGAGAGGUGGCGUCGGCGGAGGCGACGGCGCUGCUCCGGGUGGACGAGCAGAUCCGGGAGCUGCGCCGGCGGCUGGUGUACCUGCAGGCGCUUGGCCGCGGCGCCGACCAGCAGCGGCGCGGCCGCGCCAGCGAGCUGCUGCUGCUGUGGGCGCAGGAGACCCGGGAGGUGGCCUUCGAGGUGGAGGACGCCGUCGACGAGUUCCAUCUCAAGGUGGAGGCCUUCCAGUUCAAGGCCAGGCGGGGCCACUCCUGGUACCACUCGGCUCUCACACUGCUAAGCGGGCUCGCCAUGCAGAUUGCUGCAAGGCAUGGCCUGUCAAGGGAGAUAACAAAGAUCAACGGAAGGAUCAAGGAAAUCGGUGAGAUCAAGGAAACGUAUCAGAUCCAAAGCUCCCCGGCUGAGAUAUGGAGCGCGUCCUCCAUUGAUGCCGCCGAUGCUUACUGGGAUAUUGAAGCUGACAACGCCAUCGAGUUGAGGGGGGAAGAAUUUGCGACCCUAAAAACACACAUCCUAGAGGAGCAGAGCAAGAUAGAACGUCGAGCUGUCAUCUCCAUCGUUGGACCAAGCGGCAUUGGUAAGACGACACUGGCCAGGAAGUUGUACAAUGACCGUGCUGUGAGGGAACACUUCAAGGUGCGCGCCUGGAUAAGCCUUCCGCCGUGCAUCCGGUUCGAGAAGUACCUCGAGAUGAUGUACGAGCAGGUCCGCAAGCAGGUCCCUGAAGACCUGCAACAUGGGGAUGGAGACGCCAGUGGUAAACUUCAACAACUUCUGAGAAAACAUGAGCACAAUUAUUUGGUGGUGCUCGAUGGCCUGGUGGACAUUAGUGACUGGAACUCUUUAGUCAGCUUGCUGCCAGAUGACAACCCCAGAAGCCGAAUCCUUCUCACCACACAGCUCAAAGUGAAGGAAAUUAAACCCAGUGUCAAGUAAACCGCACCUAUUGUUCUGCAACCUCUUGGCAGCAUCGGUGGCACCAAGGACAUUCUGAAGUUGUUCUACCGACGAGCUUUUGGUUUCGGAGGAAAUGGUAUUCGCCCCCGCGCAAUGAGUAAUUUAUCCGAAAGGACUCUCAAGAUAUCGGCAGGCCUUCCAUUAGCAAUUGUUGUGCUCAGCGGGCUCCUUCGGACCAAGAAUUUUGGUCAUGAAUGGAACGAAGUGCUCGAGCAACUGGAGGAGUCCAAGGGUCAGCCAAUCAGAUGCCUAUGGGCACUAGCCUUCGAAGACCUGCCACACCACCUCAAGUCAUGCUUCACUAGUAGAAAAAGGGUCAUACGUGAAGCCCAAUAAUGCCGGUUUGAAUUUUGGCCGGCACUAAUGUGUACAAUAGCACCGGUUCGUGGCGGCGAUCAAUAGCAUCGGUUCGUGGCGAACCUUUAGUACCGGUUCAUGUCACGAACCGGUACUAAAGGGGAUGUGUCAGCCUGCGGUCAGGCUAUGGCCCCACCAUCACCAUUUAGUGCCGGUUCGUACCACGAACCGGUACUAAUGAGGUUAUGGCAAGCU